AUGGCGGUGGACGAAGGGGUCGUCGCGCGGGCGUCGGUGGCGGAGAGCGCGGAUGAGGGUGAACGACGCGACCGAGGGCGAUUGAUCAAGGGCGCGGAUGGGAAGUUCAUCCGUGAGGGGUCGGAGCGCUCGGACGAGGGUGGACGCGGUGGACGCGGCGGACGCGGCGGACGGGGCGGCGGGAGAGGCUUUGGUCGAGGACGCGGCGACGGCGACGGCGACGGACGCGGUGGACGCGGUGGACGCGGUGGACGCGGUGGACGCGCGUCGUAUGAUGGUGGUGGACGCGGUGACGGUGGCGGGCGGAAUGGUGCGGGGCGAAACUUCAGGAACGACGCGAGGCCGGCGGGCGGUCGCGGGAACGCCGGAGGUCGAGCCGGACGCGGCGGCGGGAGGAACAAUUCCAACGCUCGCUGGCAAGACGGACGAAAGGGCAUGGGUGGCCGUCCGCGACCGCAGAUGAGCGAUGCGAGCAUGAGCGAUCAGCUCAAACAAAGACGCGGAAGUAAGGCUGCAAAGCAAGCGCAACGCAGAAAGCAAGCCGAGGAGAACAAGGCUGUGGCUGUGGAGAUUCUCGAAGUCCCAGCGGAGGGCAUGGGAAUCGACGAUCUUACCGAUCUUCUCGCGACGACGCAGGCGCAAAUUAUUAAAACACUCUUCAUGAAGGGAAUCGCUGUGCAAAUGGGCCAACUACUCGAUAGAGCAGCCGUGAUCGCCGUGGCGGAGGACAUGGAAGUGGAGUGGAUCGACGAAGCCGAGCAAGGCGUCGAGGUUGCCGCCAAAAAGGUCACGCAGUUCAUGAGCGAGGACGACUUCGAUUUCUUAACAGCACGCGCUCCUGUGGUGACCAUCAUGGGGCACGUAGACCACGGUAAGACGUCGCUUUUGGAUUACAUUCACAAGUCCAAGGUUGCCGCGGGUGAGGCUGGUGGAAUCACGCAAGGUAUCGGCGCGUACCAAGUUAGUACCAUGGUUGGAGACGAAGAGAAGGAGAUUACCUUCCUCGAUACCCCUGGUCACGAAGCAUUUAGCGCCAUGCGCGCACGAGGCGCUCGAGUGACCGAUAUCGCCAUCAUCAUCGUCGCCGCCGACGACGGCAUGCGACCGCAAACCGAGGAGGCUGUCUCCCACGCCAGAGCAGCCGACGUGCCGAUCAUCGUUGCAGUCAACAAGAUCGAUAAAGAAGGUGCCAAUCCCGACCGUGUGCGCGACGAAAUGUCGCGUAUCGGCGUCAUCAGCGAAGAGUGGGGCGGGGAUAUUCCGUUCAUGCCCAUCAGCGCCAAGACUGGCGAAGGCAUCGACGAUUUGCUUGAAACAAUCUCUCUCACUGCGGAGCUGUGCGAGCUCGUCGCGAACCCCGAUCGAGAGGCUCAAGGUACCGUCAUCGAAGCGUUCCUCGAUAAACAACGCGGUCCUAUGGCCACUGUUCUCGUCCAAGCCGGUACUCUUCGUAUCGGCGAUGCGAUCCAAAUUGGUGGCAUCUACGGCAAAGUUCGGGCGAUGGAAGACUCCCAGGGCACGAAGAUUGAUGAGGCUGGACCCUCCGUCCCGGUUCAAAUCAUGGGUCUCAACGGCGUCCCUAUCGCAGGCGAAGAGUUCACUGUCUUUGCGUCGGAUACCAUGGCUCGUGAGAAGGCCGAGAAGGUUCAAGAAGAGGCGCGCAACAACCGUCUGAUUGAAGGUAACGUCGUUUCGCUGAACAACUUACCUGGCGACGAAGAAGGAUUACAAAAGAUAAACCUCAUCGUGAAAACGGACGUGAGUGGUUCGUGCGAAGCCAUCAAGGCUGCUCUCGGCGCACUGCCACAGGAUCGCGUGCAACUUCGAUUUCUCAUGGCCUCUGCAGGUGAAGUGAGCGAGAGUGACGUCGACCUCGCCGCCGCUUCCCAAGGGAUCAUUGUGGCGUUCAACACUCCGUGCAGCGAUAGAAUCAUGGAUAUCGCUGACCGUGCGAAGGUUGAGGUGCGAACCUACGAUGUCAUCUACGAUCUUGUCGAUCAAGUCCGCGCCGCCAUGGAGGGAAUGCUGAGCUCCAUCAAGGAGGAGAUUCCGUUCGGCAAGGCGAAAUGCAAGGCCGUCUUUGGUGGAGGUAAAGCGAAGGUUGCCGGUAGUGAGGUGAUCGAAGGGAACUUCCAAGUGAAGAAGUAUCUACGCGUCAUGAGAAAAGGCAAAGAAGUUUACUUCGGCAAGGUUGGCUCCCUUCGUCGCAUCAAGGACAACGUCAAGAAGGUGGAAGCCGGCUUGGAGUGCGGUAUCGGCGCCGAUCCCGAAUGGGACGGCUUCAGAGAGGGGGACGAACUUCAAUGCUUGGAUCUCGUCGACAAGAUUCAGACUCUUGAAACUGCGAGCGAGAUUCUCGCCGAGCGCGUCGAGGAAUAUCAAGCCGGAGAGGAUGAGCGGAAUGCUGCGCGCGAAAAGGCCAAGGAGGGAUACCAGCGACAGCAGCGACGAGGCGCGACGACGUCUUAA